AUGAGCGCGAAAGAACUAAGAAGAACUAAAAAGCACACAGAAGAUAGUAGAAGAUUUCAAUCGUUUGACGAAACAUUCAAGUAUUGCACCUACGGAUUGGCGUUUGCAUUAAUAUACCCAAACAGAGUGACCAUAAAGAAACGACUUGGCAUUUUUGUUUUCUUCAUGUUUGCAAAUUCAAUACAGCUCUAUUGGUUUGGGACUGCGUUAGUUACAAGUCUGAUUCGAUUAGACAUGGUCAACCUGACUAGACAUUUGACUGUUGGUAUCCUUAUUAUUUUAUUUAUAUUCAAAACUAUAUAUUGCAUAUACAACACCGAGAAAUUCGAAAACAUAUUGAACACUAUAUCUGACGAUAUGAUUGAAUUCAAUAACGAGAAAGAAGCGUUUAAAGAUACUUGCGAAGAAUAUAUUAAAAAGGCAAGAAUUGGUCAGUUGGUUUGGGUGGUAUUGCCGAUUUUUCUUGCGUUGCAAUACCCGGUUUACGCUGGUAUAUGUCUAAUAUAUGAUAAUUUGACAAUGGAUUAUCCGGGUCGGUAUAUGGUACAUGAGAUGGAUAUAGCACAUUUAACUGCUGUUCAGGAUAUCUCGCCAUAUUUUGAAUUCAUAUUCAUUAUGAGCUUAUUAACUGUUAUGUGUUUAGUCCCUAAUUUCAUCGGGUUCGAAGGUUUUUUCUGCAUCUCCACGACGCACCUGUGCCUUAAACUAAAAUAUGUUAGUUAUAUAAUAAGUAAAGCCUUUGAAGGGGCUGAGGAUAGUUUGGAACUGAAUAAUAAAAUAAAACAAGGAAUUCAAAUUCAUCAGAAGGCAUUAAAAUACUAUGAGGACUUGCAAAACUUCUUUGAGCCCUGGUUGUUUCUGAUCUUUGUUAUGACAUCAACUUGUGUUUCGUUCAAUUUGUAUCAGGUGUACAUACUUACGUCACCUGAUCCGAAACACAUAAUUUUCGGUAUAACUACAAUAUGUCACACAUACAUAAAUUGCGUAUAUGCCAGCAAUUUGACACAGUGCGGUGAAGAUUUAGCCCUGGACCUAUACAACGUCUCGUGGGAGAAGCGAUUUGAUAUCCGCGGAAUGAAACUUCUGAUAUUCAUGAUCGCCAGGGCCCAGCGGCCUCUAGAGCUCGGCGGUUACGGAAUUGUGGUCUACAAUAUGCAAUUGUUUAUUGCCAUUAUGAAGACAUCUUACUCAUUUUAUACCUUAAUUACAAACUAG